UUAUAAUUUCAUUUAAAAUUGAAAAAGUAGACGCAUACAAAUAAUUGAGCAUUUGUGUUUGGAAUCGUAAAUAGUAAAGGUGUUUAUAAGUACUUUCUGCGACAGAAGAUUUUUAUUUAAAGUAUUGGUUAAUUAACAAAAAAAAAAAUUUUAAGAUUAAAUAAUGGCACGUACCAAGCAGACAGCUCGUAAAUCCACUGGAGGUAAAGCUCCACGCAAACAAUUGGCUACAAAAGCAGCUCGUAAAUCGGCACCAUCAACAGGAGGUGUAAAGAAACCACAUCGUUACCGUCCCGGUACUGUGGCUCUUCGAGAAAUUCGUCGUUAUCAAAAAUCGACAGAAUUGCUCAUCAGAAAAUUACCUUUCCAACGGUUAGUACGUGAAAUUGCACAGGAUUUCAAAACAGAUCUUCGUUUUCAAUCUGCCGCCAUUGGAGCUUUACAGGAAGCAUCUGAAGCUUAUUUGGUCGGUCUCUUCGAAGAUACCAAUUUGUGUGCUAUUCACGCAAAACGAGUAACCAUUAUGCCAAAAGAUAUUCAGUUGGCUCGUCGUAUUAGAGGUGAACGUGCUUAAGUUGCUUCAAGAAUUCUAUAUUCAUUAGAUUUAAUAAUUUUAAACAAAAUUCUUUUCUCAAUAUGGGCAUAUUCUAGUAAAUUCUUUUUAAGGCAUUUAAUUAAACAUCAUUAAUAGAAUAUGCUAACAAUUUUUAUUUUUAUAUUUACAAAGAAAAAUCACAUAAUUAAUGAAAGAAUUAUAAGGAAACAAGUUAAAUUAUAAUUUAAAAAAAAGAAAGCAUAAAAAAUAAAAAAAAAAAUAAAAAAAAUAUAAAAAGUAAAAAAAAAUCUAGAUGUAGAUCGGAAAACGAUAAUUCAUUUUUGUACAAUUCUCUUCUGAUUUAGGUUUAAAUUUUUUGUUUGUUAUAAAAAUUAUCAACGUGUUCUUUUCUAAAAACAUUAAUUUUUCAUAUUUAAUAUUGAUUUAAAAUUAUUAUAAUUUGAUUUUACUUCAAUAAAAUUUUGACAUCCUUUCUAUUAUUUUUCUGUUCUAAUUUAAAUAGAAAAAAAUGAAUUUAAUUUUUAUAAAUUUCAUUUUUUUUUUCUUUAAACAAAACUCGAAGA